CAAUUCACAAUACUUUUGGUAUAAAAAUCUGGCUCUGAUCCAUGUUUCAAUAAUGAAAAAUUGAUUACUUCUCUCCCAUUUCUGUACUAGUUCUCUGUGGCCGAUGAAACCUUUCUUCUUUGUCAUUCCAGAGUUUUCCCCUUGUGUUCAACUUCUGGGUUUUCUUCAUUGAGCUGGGAUUUUCACGCCAUUGCGAGCCUGCCCUUGCUUUCUUUUGAAAUAUUUGAGUUGUUCGAAUUCGAAAUGUCGUCUCCAAACAAACGGAGAGAUAUGGAUGUCAUGAAAUUGAUGAUGAGUGAUUACAAAGUGGAGAUGAUCGAUGAUGGGCUCAGUGAAUUUAAUGUCGAAUUCAACGGUCCAAAAGAAAGUGUGUACGAAGGCGGAGUUUGGAAAAUCCACGUUGAACUUCCCGACGCUUAUCCAUACAAGUCCCCAUCUAUUGGUUUCGUGAACAAGAUAUAUCAUCCAAAUGUUGAUGAACUAUCUGGUUCUGUAUGCCUGGAUGUGAUUAACCAAACUUGGAGCCCAAUGUUUGACCUAUUGAAUGUUUUUGAAGUUUUCCUUCCACAGCUUUUGCUCUAUCCCAAUCCUUCAGACCCCCUUAACGGUGAUGCAGCGUCUUUAAUGUUAAAAGACAGAAGCCAAUAUGAACAAAAAGUCAAAGUCCAAAUGACCAAGCAUAGGAGUCUCAAUGCCCGGUCAGUGAGUCCAGGGCGAAGCACCCUGUUAUCUGAGUAUUGCGAACGCUAUGCGAAAAGGGAAAAUGUGGUGAAUUCAGCUGCAGAAGAUGAGAGUGAAGAAGAUGUAAGUGAUGAUGAAAGUGAUUCAAGUGACAAUGAUAUUGCUGGUCAUGUUGAUCUCUAAAGGCCUUACUAGAUUCACAGCAUCUCUCAUUCAGACCAAAAAAGAAGAAAAAACAUGGAAUGAUAUGUUCCAUUACAUGGCUUGUUUGUAAUGAGAAGAUAUUGCUGUUUGUUUUGUCAAGUUACAAUUAGGCUGUAAAAUAAUGAAUGGUUUUCAUGUUUUGGGGGUAAGUGGAAGUACACACUUAGAUGAUGCUGAAAUUGCUUACUCUGGUUUGUUUGUUAAAUUAAUGUCAUGAUCUCUGCUCGCUAUUCGGAGGUUUGAAUCCUUCCA